CAUUCUCCAGAGCAUCCGCUCCCACCCCCACCUUUCCCUCUUUCGGCUGAUUGACAGAAAUUCUGGCCACUUCGGACAGCUCCUUUCUUAAAGCCUUCGGGGAAGGUGGGUUUGGACGCGUCAGGUGCUGUGCAGAGCGUCAGGAUACUAGCAGAUUGUUUUUUGAAAAUGGAUUCAAAAUUCUGCCGUGUGUUUUUCACACUUUCUGCAUUAACGUUUUCAAUCACAUUUUCUCACCAACAAGAUGAGCAGAAAAUUCUUCUUGUUUCUUUUGAUGGAUUCCGUUGGGAUUAUAUCUACAGAGUCCCCACACCCCAUUUUGAUUAUAUCAUGGAGUAUGGUGUCCAUGUCAAGAAAGUUACUAAUGUUUUUGUUACAACAACUUAUCCUAAUCACUAUACUUUGGUGACUGGUCUCUACCCAGAGAGUCAUGGCAUAAUUGCCAAUGACAUGUAUGAUUCUACCUUGAAUGAAACUUUCUCCUUGGAGGACAUGAAGAUCUAUGAUUCAGAAUUUUGGGAAGACGCAAUUCCAAUAUGGAUUACAAAUCAAAUAGCAGGCCAUAACACUGGUGCCAUGAUGUGGCCUGGGACAGAUGUGAAAAUACAUGAAGAAUUUCCUACUUAUUAUAUGCCUUACAAUGAGUCUGUUUCAUUUGAAGACAGAGUCGCAAAGGUUAUUGAAUGGUUUAAGUUAAAGAAACCCAUAAAUCUUGCUCUUCUUUACUGGGAGGAUCCUGAUGAGAUGGGCCAUAAUUUAGGGCCUGACAAUCCACUCAUGGACCCUGUCAUUUCUGAUAUUGAUAGUAAGUUAGGAUACCUCAUCAAAGAGCUGAUGAAAGAAAAGUUGUGGAAUACUGUGAACUUAAUUAUCACAAGUGAUCAUGGGAUGACACAGUGUUCUGGGGAAAAAAUCAUAGAACUUGACCAAUAUGUCAAUCCGAAUGACUAUUUCCUGAUAGACCAUUCACCAGUUAGAGCCAUUUUGCCAAAAAAAGGUAAAUUUGAUAUGAUUUAUGCAGCACUGAAUAAUGCUCAUCCUAACCUGACUGUUUACAAAAAGGAAGACAUUCCGGAAAGAUUUCAUUACAAGCACCAUCACCGAAUUCAACCCAUCUUAAUAAUGGCUGACAAAGGAUGGACCAUUAUACAGAAUAGAUCCAGUACAUUCAUGUUAGGUAAUCAUGGUUAUGAUAAUGAAUUUUCUGAUAUGCAUCCAUUGUUCUUGGCCCAUGGUCCUGCUUUCAAGAAGAACAUUUCAAAGGACUCCAUGAACUCCACAGACUUGUACCCGCUGCUGUGCCAUAUUCUUGACAUUCCUCCAAUGCCACAUAAUGGAUCACUGGCAAACGUAGAGGAACUGCUUUCAGAAAUAGUCCCUAUAGAGAUUCCACAUAGUAGGACGACUCCACAGAACGACGUGAACCUAAGUAUUUAUAAGGUGCAGUCGUAUGCAUACUUUAUGGGAGUCUUCCUCGGUAGCGUGAUAGUGAUUGUGUUUCUUCUAGUAUUCCUUAAACAUUUAACUCACAGCCAAAUGCCCACCAUACAAGAGCGAAAUGCUGAAAUAGCUCAGCCAUUGCUAUGGUCCUAAGAUUGCUUAAGAAUGGAAAUUUUUGUAGUUAAUUGUUUGUUGUUAAAAGGAAAAAAGUCUGAUUCCAGGAAACCAACUUCAGAAUUUGCAUAGAAAGAACAUAUAGUGCUUUUACACACACACACACACGACACAUACCACAUAUAUACAUACAUACACACAUAAUGUACCAACACAUAAAUACAUGCACACACACAAACUUGGACAAAAGUUCACAGUGCUGUUUACCUGCAUGAGAUUAAAAAUAUAACUAAGAGCAUGUCUUAACUUUACUCUUUAGCCUUGGAAGAGAUUAAUAUCCAAUGUUAGAUGGAGACAUAUUAGACAUGUGGUGACUUUUAAUCCUUAUAGAUACCUCACUUUUGACUAUUCUUAAAAGAAAAUGAGUUUUAUUUUUAAAAAUGUAAAUUUUAAAAAUUUCAAUGCACUUUAUAGACUACUGAGUCCAUUUAGUCAACUGAUGAAAAAGAGAACUUUUCAUGCCUAUCAUUAGCAGACACUGCAUUUUCCCUAUUAUAAGAAGGGGGUGUGAUUCUUUGCCUACAAGAGAGAUGCAAAAGUUGCUUCAUAAUUAGGUGAUACAUCUCCUUAAAAGUUAGGGGACCUAGAUUAAGUGAAAACUGUCCUUGGCUAACUAGGCCUACUUUUAUACCAAAAAACAGCCAGAAGCAAUUGCCUUUGUGGAUAUACCUCAUCACAGGCUUCCCAAACAACAUGAUUCUCAUUGCACUUUUAGAGAAUGCUCCAUAUGAAAGAGUAGCCAGCAAAGUUACUUUAAAAGUAUCUCUUUCCUUACUAGCGCAUGUCACUUAGCCCCAUUGCCUAGCCUAAAAAAAAAAGCCACUCUUUCCAUUAUAAACUACUUUUCAUCAUUUCCCACUUAAUAGUCUCACUCUGAUUACCUUCACAAUUGCAACACCAACUUCAUCGUAGUCUCUUUUACUUACUGAAAUAUAUAGAUAAGCUAAGGGGAGCUAAAUAUUCUGGAGUUCCAGCUUUUUGACACUUUUCUUGGAGUAUUUGAUUCUUUUAAAAAUAUUACUAUUAACUAUAUUAAAACCUAAUAGGGCAAAAGUAGGACGUUUUCCUUCUUAAAGUAGAAUACAGCCUGUACAACGUCUUUCAUUUAGGCAUUUACACAACCAGUACACAAAGAAUAUAAUAAAAUUAGUAAAGGUAUGCUGUACUACUGCUGUGCUUAGAGGUAGGGUGGUGUAGUGGAUAGGGAGCUGGCCUUAGAGCUCAAAAGACCUGGAUUCAAGAUCUGCUCCUGAUGUUUAUGGCUAGGUGACCCAGGGCAACUCACUAAACCUCUCAGAUACAUUUUUUUUUGGUCAACUUAAGUAAUAACUUUUAAAAACUUAUUUUACUUAGGUAAAAAUAAUACAAUGACCUCACCUGAAAAUGCAACAUUUUACACCUGUACUACCCUUCCUCUAUUAAAAAAAAGAAACUUAUUUUUUCUCCCAUCUCUAACCCAUUUUUAAAAAAAAAAGCAAUUAUAACAAAUAUGCAUAGUCAAGCAAAACAAAUCCUUUUAAUAGCUAUAUACAAAAACAUGGCUCAUUCUACAUCCCCACAAACUGUCAGCUCUCUUUAAUGGUCCUCUGGAAUCAUGAAUGGUCAUUGUAUGGAUCAUAGUUCUUACAGCUUGCAAAGUUGCUUGUUUUUAAGAGUUGUAUUAUGGCAGAAAAGUGAUUCUCUUGGUUUUGCUUAUUUCAUUCUUCAAUAGCUUAGAAAAGUUCCCAAAACUGUUCACUCUCCAAGAUCUAAAGUUGUGGAGAAGUUGCCUACCUGCAAUGCUUGAGGGAGUUCCUUUACUAGAUAGUUCCUUUUAUCAGGGAAAUCAGAGGGUUGGUUCCUAUCCCCUAACAUUACAAUCAGUAUUGAUCAAAUACUUUUCUUUACAAGUCCCUAAAAACAAAACAAAACAAAGCAACCUUAUAAAGCAGAGAGGAUUGUCUUAAAGAGCACCUCAGAAUACAUGUUAAAGUGCUAGGCACACAUGAGUCAGUAAUUGGUAAGAAUUAAGUUUGGGCUUAGGGUUAUAUGCUCAAUAAAUACUUACCUAGAUAAAUAGACCAGCAAUUUAAAGUUUUUAAAGAAGAACAUUGCAACUUUUAAGAGUCUUUGAGAUAUGGAGAGCCUGGGAUUAUGUAUUUCAUUUAAUCAAGACAUUAAGUGAAUUUCUGCAGUAUAUGUAAGGUGCUUUGCUAAGUGCUGGGGAGGGAGAGGGUCAUAGGUGAAUAAGUCUAAGGAAUAAGUUUCUUUUCAUCCCCAUUGAGGACUUGCUGUGUGCCAAAUGUCAUUCUGCCCCUUUCAUUACCAACUGUAUCUUAGCACAAAAAUGUACUUUAAAGCAUUUCUUGAAGGGCUCAAGAGUCUUCUCAGAGGGAAGAGUGAAUAUUGAGAAAGAAAGGUUUUGUUUUUUGUUUUGUUUUUUUUUCUCUCAUCUUAAAUAAUGGGAAAUUAUAUCAUUUCUCUUAGUAGCUAAAUUCUCUAAAGUAGGUCAGAAAUGUAGCCCAUAGAAAAUCUUUACGUAUAACGAUACAUAUUUGUACUAAUGACUAACAAAAACAUGCUGUGAUUAAGUAUUCAAGAAUUGUAAGAAAUGACGUUUUUUAAAAGUUACAUAGUGUAUGACUAUAACUGCACUUUAAUGCUUUCUAAAAUAAUGUGAACAGAUCAUUUGUUAGAUAAUAGUAUUACCAAUGCUUAUUAACACCUGACUUGUUUUACAUAAUAAAUGAAUGACAGUACCUAGACUAACUACAUGUUUAUAAGCUUCUUUAAGCUGUGAAACAUGAUACUGAUAUUUAAACUCAAGAAUUUAGAACCUGGGUCUGCCAUCUCAGAAAAUGUGUCAAUGUUGACUUUCCAUAUUUUAACUUACCUGUGAUAUUGGGAUGUUGCUCUGUGGAUGAUACAAUUGGAAUGCAGUGGCUUUGAGGGUAAAAUGUCCGUUUCUUUUUUUUCCUGUAAAUUCAAUUAACCCGUAUUUUUCCCCAUUCUAGAAGUUGUUAAUACUGUAAACAGUAAGGUAUAGCAAAAAUUAUUUAAUAAUGAAAAUCAACCUUGUAAUAAUUCCAUUAAAAUUAAGAUUCUAAUAUA